AUGGCCCCGAACGUUGGCCACGCUCUUGGAGACGCCGUUGGCCACGGCCUGGGCUCGGACGCCGGCGUCGGCCUCGGUGUGGGAAGCGGCAUCAGAGUGGACGUUGGCCUGGGCAUGGCGGCCGGAGCCGGCGUGGGCACCGCCCUCGGGACCGACCUCGGGGAGGACCUGGGAGCGAGCGGCGUGGCCGAAGUGACUGCCGGCCUCGGGCCGGGCGUGGCCCUGAGCAUCGGCGCCAACAUCGGGCCCGGCCUGGCCAGCGGCGCCAUCAGGGCCAGCAUCGGGCUGGGCAUCGGCCAGCCGGACAUCGGAGUGACCGUCGGGGCCGGGGUCAGCGCCGGCCUCGGCCUGGGCGACGACGUGCGAGCCGGACCCGGGACUGGACUCGGCCUGGGAGCCGCCCUCGGGGCCACCGCGGGCUCGGCCGCGGGAGCCAGCGCCGGCUCCGGCCUCGGCCACAGCAUCGGAGUCGCCGUGGGGGGCUCCGGCCUGGGCCCCGGCGUCGGCCUGGCGGUCGGGGCCGCGCUGGGGCCCGAGCUGGACAUGGGGCUGGCGGCCGGCACCGCUCUCGCACCGGACGCCGCCGGGCUGGGCCUGGGCUCCGGCCCCGGGCUGGGCUCGGCGCUGGGCUUUGCCGUGGGCGCCGCGCUGGGGGCCAGCAGCCUGGGGCCGGACAUGGGCGCCGACCCCUCGCUGCCCGACCCCGGCCUCGGCCUGGGCCCCUCCAUCGCCGCCCCCCUGGGCCCCCCCCUCGGGCUGGUGCGCCUGGCGCCGGGGCUGGGGGUCCCCGAGACCCCCGGGGGGGGCGCCGAGACCUGGACCCCCCCCUACACCCCCCGCCAGGCGCCCCCGUUCGCCUUCGGGCCCCCCGAGCCCCCCGAGGCCGCCCCCGAGAAGCUCCCGCCGAGCCCCGAGAGCCCGGGGGGGGUCCCGGGGGGGACCCCCGGAUCCCUGCUGACCCCCGAGACGUCCCCGCCGCCCCCCGCGGCCCCCGCCGGGCCCGCCCUGCGCCGGCUCCUGCAGGGCCUGGCCGCCAUCGCCAGCCGGGGGGGCCCCCGGCGCCCCGCGGGGGCGACCCCCGGCCCCCGGCAGCUCCCCCCGCCCCGGUCGCCCCGCGACCCCUUCGCUGAGUUGUAUCAACUCCCCCAGAGCCGCCUCCAGGACGCCUUCCGCAAAGGUGCGGGGCUGGGGGGGCUGGGGGGUGACACGGGGGGGUGA